AUGCCGAAAGACCAUACACCGUCUUUGUUCAUUCAUAGUCCAGUUUUGAAAUCUCUUCAACGACUUGUUCAAAAUCAAACGCUUUGGACGGCACCCGUCAUCGCUAUAUUGUUCGCAUCUCUUGUUCGUUGGUUGGUAGCGUUGAACCCAUAUUCUGGAUAUAAUACGCCACCUAUAUUUGGCGAUUAUGAGGCACAGCGUCAUUGGAUGGAGAUUACAAUACACUUACCGUUCUCAAAAUGGUAUAAAUAUGACCUGCAGUGGUGGGGUUUGGAUUACCCUCCUUUAACGGCCUAUCACAGCUGGAUAUGUGGUUUAAUAGGAUCGAAAAUCAAUGCUAAUUGGUUUGCUUUGGAUACAUCGCGGGGAAUUGAGACGGAGGAGAGUAAACUGUUCAUGAGAUCUACUGUGUUUGUAUCCGAAGCUUUGAUUUAUAUACCUGCUGUACUGGUGUUUUGUCAAAUUGUAUAUGGAUCUGAUAGCUAUCUGAAGAAGCACAUGGCAGCUGUUUUAAUAUUAUUGCAACCAGCUUUGAUGAUGAUUGACCAUGCGCACUUCCAAUAUAAUAGUGUAAUGUUGGGCCUUACACUAUGGGCUAUCAAUUGCUUUCUGACACACCAUUUUAUUUUGGGAUCUGUUUGCUUUUGCCUAUCACUGGGGUUCAAGCAAAUGGCACUAUAUUACGCGCCAGCAGUAUUCGCAUUUUUGUUAGGCAGGUGCUUUACUGAGAAAAGAGGACUUUUAUUGUUUAUCAAACUGGGCAUCACAGUCGUCAUUACAUUUGGUCUCCUAUUUGCGCCUUGGUUGACAUCAUUGGAAGAGAUCAAGCAGGUCAUUGCUCGUAUUUUUCCUGUGGCCCGAGGACUUUAUGAGGAUAAAGUGGCAAACUUUUGGUGUUCAAUAAAUGUUAUCAUCAAAUUACGACGUAUAUUAACACUAGAUGCCACUGUCAAAAUAAGUCUUCUAACUACACUCGCAUUUGUUAUACCCAUUGGUGUCCAUCUCGGACGAGCACCUUCCAAAAGAAGAUUUUUAUACGCCAUGGUGAACUCUUCCUUAGCUUUCUUUUUGUUCUCUUUCCAAGUACAUGAAAAAUCCAUCCUUCUACCUUUGUUACCAGUGACUUUACUCAUUUUAGAAGAGCCAGUUGCCUCAACCAUGUUCCUUAACGUUGCUAUGUUUAGUAUGUUUCCUUUAUUGAAACGUGAAAAUUUGGUCAUCCCAUACUUUGUUACAACCAUCAUGUGGAAUUGGCUAGUAGGUGAAUAUGGACCCAAUGUAACAUUCACAUCUAGGAUUGGCACGGUGGGUGUCCACAUUGUAUUCAUUCUAUGGCAUAUUGCAGAAUUCUAUACCCUUAUGGCUCAAAGAAGAGUAGUUGUUACAGGUCUGGGUCUCGUUACACCUCUUGGUGUCGGUGUAAAGACAGUUUGGAACAAUUUAAUAAAAAGUCACUGUGGCAUUGUUUCCCUUGCCGAUCGAGAAGGGUUCAAAAACUUACCUGUCACGAUCGCAGCUGAGGUGCCGAAAGGCGUCUUUGAAGAAGGAAAGUUUACAGCAAGUGAAUGGUUAGACAGAGGGGAUGACAGGAUCAUGGCUAAAUUUACUCAAUAUGCUAUAGCAGCGGCAAAACAGGCAAUAGAUGAUGCUGAAUGGACACCAAAGACACUUGAGGAAAAAGAAAGAACUGCAAGUAUUCGGCAAGAAAAGAAUAACGUAGAGGAAAAAUACAAGUGA